AUGGCCUUUGAGACGAUCCGGAGAGACCGUGAGAAGCUGAUCUCCUUCCUCGAAAGAGGGCCUGAUCUCAUCUUGGACGAUGUGGCCUCCCAGGGCUUCAUCUCUGAGAAUGAUUACGAGGCUUUGGAUAAGCUGCAAAAUCCAAAGGAGAAGAUGCGGAAACUUUUGGUGAAGAUCCAACUCAAAGGCGAACUGAUCUGCCAGCGGUUCCUGGAAUGUGCACGGAGCCUCUUUCCAGAUCUGCCUCCUCAGUUAUGGCCUCCAGCAAGUUCUUGCUCAGAUCAAAAUGGAGGUUGCGAUCCAUACCCUGCUUCUGUUUUGGAGAAGAAUGAAGAAGAAUCCUCUGUUGAAAGCAAGAACCCAGAAGAAAAUGUAUCCAGCAAGCAAGAGCCUGUACCAGACACAAUGGAGGAAGACACUUUUGAAGCGAUACCUUUCCUGGCGAAGUUGGGGCUCAACAAGCGAAAUUGCAGAAAGCUCAACAUGGGAGAAAUCCUGGAAAUCGACUCGGAGAGUCUCAAACCUGUGGUUCCUCAGAAGCUGGAAGAUCUACCUUGGCAUUUCUUGAGGAAACUGAUGGCCCUCAAUGGGACGGCCAGGAACACCAGCCUUGUGUCAAAGGAUUCUGAGGAAGAUUCAUCUGGGGAUGAGGAGGAAGAUGUGGGAGAUGAGAUGUUCUCUCUGAGGGAGAUGGACACUGGAGACUCUGUGAACCCCCUUGAUGUCCUUUGUGCCAUCCUACUUUGCUCCGAUAGCUUCCUUCAGCAGGAGAUCUUGCUCAAAAUGUCCAUGUGCCAGUUUGCCCUCCCUUUGAUCUUACCUCCCCUUGACACCCCCAAAUGUACCUUCAUGCUGUGGGCCAUGAGGGACAUUGUGAGAAAAUGGAGGCCCCAUUCUCUAGCUGAGAGCAGAGGUUUCAGAGAAGAGACUUUAGUGCUGACCCCCAUGCCAACCAUUUCCUUUGUGCGAAUAGGAAAUUGCAGUCUCUCCAAAUCGAAACUUCUUAAUGAGGUCCUCAGCUCCCCUCAGCACCACCACGAUUUCUUUGUACACCGUGAUGCGGACUGUGGGAAUAUCCCUCGAGAGAUUAGUGAUGGGCUUGUGGAAAUUUCCUGGUAUUUUCCUGUGGGGAGGGAAAACUCUGAUCUUUUCCCUGAGCCUGUAGCAGUAAUGAACCUGCGUGGAAACGUAGAGGCACACUGGCUACAGUUCAGUUUUUUAACAGAGGUGUCCUCAGCUGUGUUCAUUCUUGCUGAGAACAUUUCGAACACGGAAUAUGCUAUGCUAUUGAGUCUUCAGGGAUCAGCAUCUAAAUACUACUUUAUCUUGAAUACUGAAGGUGGGAAAUCAAAGGAAACGCUGGGCUUCCUUAACAAGCUAGCUCCAGCUUUGAACCUCAGCAAAUCGCAGCUGUUGAUGAAAGAAAAGAGCCAAAAUACCACAGAAUUUGUGAAGAAGCUUCAGUCAAACAUGAAGAAUAUCUUGAACUCCCUUCCAAAAGCGGUGAAUAUUGAAGAAAUGGCAAGCAUAAGCCGAGAACUGGGGAUCCAGAUAGAUGAGGAUACAAAGGCCUGUCAGAAUGGGACCCUGCAUGCCGAGGAAAUUGUCAAAGAAAUAGGGGAUGUUGCAAACUACAAGAAGAAAAUGCUGAAACUCCAGGGGGACUUGUGGAAGAAUGUGGCCAAAGUGGAGAAAGAACUGUGCCGGAUGAAAAGGCAAGCUGACAUACCAACCGAAGAUUACAAAUCUCAGUUAAGGGAGAAACGGAUAGAAUUACGUGGAGAGCAGAAUCAGUGUGACCUCACUAGUGGGAUAAUGAAAUUUAUUAAUGGAAUACAUCACCUUUGCUCAGUGGAGAAAUGCUACUUUCUGAAAUGGAUGAAGUUCAGCUUAGAUCGUGUUGCGAGGGCAAACUUCUUAAGAUUACGGGAAGAAUAUAAAGAGAAGUGUCAAGCCACUGGAAAUGAUCCACAACAGUUAGCAGAGCUGGAUGAAUUAAUUUCCACCAGUUCCUUAGGGGUGGAACACUUUAUGCGUGAGUUGGGUCAGUUUUAUGAAGCAGAAUAUAUGAUGGUGAAGGAAGGUAACAUGAUGGACGACCAAAGGCAAUUUGUCCACCUACCAGGGAUAGCUGCUGACCUUAUGCUGGAAGGCUUUCCAAUGGAGCUGAUUGAUGGAGAUGCAUCUAACAUCCCUCUGCAAUGGGUAACUGAUGUUCUGACUGAGCUUCAUGCCAAGCUUGAUGGGAAAUCCAGGAUGCAGGUUCUAACUGUUCUUGGUGUGCAGAGCACUGGCAAAUCCACCCUUCUCAAUACUAUGUUUGGACUUCAGUUUGCGGUCAGCAGUGGCCGAUGUACUAGAGGAGCAUUCAUGACACUCCUUAGAGUCACAGAGAAUUUUCGGAAGGAAAUUGGUUGUGAUUUCAUCCUGGUGAUAGACACGGAAGGUUUGAAAGCUCCUGAGCUGGCUAAAUUGGAGGAUAGCUAUGAACAUGAUAACGAGCUGGCCACCUUGGUGAUUGGACUCAGUGACAUAACAAUAGUAAACCUGGCUAUGGAGAAUGCCACUGAAAUGAAGGACACCUUGCAAAUUGUGGUCCAUGCGUUUUUGAGGAUGGAGGAAAUUGGGUGCAAACCUAAUUGCCAAUUUGUGCAUCAGAACGUUAGUGAUGUUUCUGCCCAUGAUCAGAACAUGAGGGACAGAAAACGCCUCCUGGAACAACUCAAUGAAAUGACUAAAGCUGCAGCAAGGAUGGAAAAACACUGCAGGGAAGUGUCCUUCUCAGAUAUUAUGGACUACGAUCCAGAAAAACACAACUGGUACAUCCCUGGCUUAUGGCAUGGCGUCCCACCCAUGGCCCCAGUGAAUUUGGGAUACAGUGAGAGUGUAUCAGAGUUGAAAAGGUACCUGUUUGAGCUGAUGAGAACCUGUUCACAAAAUAGAUCCCCUAAAGACAUCCCCCAGUUUGUUGAAUGGGUAAAGAGCUUGUGGAAUGCUGUAAAACAUGAAAACUUUAUCUUCAGCUUCCGUAACAGUCUUGUGGCUGAUGCUUAUAACCAACUCUCAGUGAAGUAUUCAGAAUGGGAAUGGGAUUUCCGGAAGGAGAUGCAUCUUUGGGUGUCCAAAGCAGAGACUUCAAUUCAGAAUCAAUCCCUAGAAGUCCUAGAAGCUGAUGCAUUAGAUAAAUUGAAGGUUGAAGCCUAUCAGAAAUUGCAUGAUGGAGAGCAAAACAUGUUACAGUGCAUACAAAGCUAUUUUGAGAGUGGUGGAGAAAGCUUGCACCUGAUUGAAAAGUAUAGAGAAGAAUUUGUUGGAAGUGUGAAGUUUCUUCGGAACAAGCUAGAAAGCUAUUCAAUUCACAAGUGUCAGGAAGCCGUUCUUAUACGUAAGGGACAAAGUAAGAUAGACAACCUGCAGGCCAAAUACUUUAAAACCAUAGAAGGGAAGGUGAACAAGCUCUUAGAAGAGUGUAAAGAGAAGGAAAACAAACUGAAUUCUAAGGAACUGAAAGAAGAGUUUGAGAAAAUGUGGAAGGAAACCCUAGAAGAGUUGCCGUCAAAUAGUUUAACUCAUCGACAAAUUCAUGUAGAUGUAUCGCAUCAGCUCAGAAAAGAUUUGGCAAGUCGGGGCGGCUUGGCCAAUCAGAUCAUCCAGAAGGUAUUGUUCACAUCAGGCUGUAGAAGGACACCGUUCACCAUGAAAAAGAAAUAUCUAGAAACAUCGCUUAUAGGAACACUAAAGGGUCUAUUAUUCAAGGAUUAUCUAGGUGAAGCAGAGAAUGCUACCAUGGGCCUGAUUGGUGUGUGUAGGAAAUACGUUACAGAGAAAGUCAGUGUGAAACGGGACUAUGAUGAAACAUAUUGCCGGGAACUGUUAAGAAUAAUCAAUGAGCAACUUAAGGAAAAGGAUUUCCAGAAACUUCACACUACCAUUCACUUUGAAGUGGAUCUUAAAUGGUACAUCCUGGAAGAGGCAGCUGAUGCUUUUCAGAACAUGCACGAUGAGUUCCAGAGGGCAAACAAUCCUCAUCGACGUCUAGAAAACCUGAAGCCUCACUAUUUCUCCAUCUUCAAAGACCUUUACUAUGAGAAGGAUGCUUGUCAGAACAGAGCCAAGGAUUUUUGUGAUCUGUGCCUGAAACCCGCUCUGGUGGACUACUGCAAUAAGAGACUUGGAGUAGAAAUCGUCGAGGACAUCCUCAGCAGCGGGCAGUCUGUGCAGUACGGCAGUCGAAGCUUCUUUCAGUUCACAGUGCAGAAGGCAUUGCUGGAAAAGGGAAACGUCGAUGCCUAUGUGGAAUACAUAAAGCACUAUGAAGACUUUGUGAAAUCUUGGAUACAAGCUCACCUGUUGGACCAUUACAGCCAGAGAGGAGAGGGCUUAGCGGUCUUGGAGAGAGGAAUCCUGUCUGCUGUGACAAAGCAAGCAAGCAAGGCUCUAGAAAGCUCUGCAAACCAAACCCUGAUUUUGUCUGAAUUCUUGGAGUGCUUCUGCCAAGAGAUGAGUGAAGAACUUGUCAUUUCGAAGAACUCCCUAGACGUCAUCUUGUUCAACAACGUUUCUAAUGUUAGUUCUUUCUCAGCUGAGAUACAAAGAUAUGUCCCUGAGGUGAUAGAAGGGAUCCUUUCAGAGCAGCUGAAGAUGAACACUGAGGCAGUAUUUUCAAACAUUCCGUUCAAGCCCCAGGAUGAGAUCUUCAAGCGCGUCUUCGGCUGUGGGAAGCAGUGUCCCUUCUGCAAAGUCCCCUGUGAAGCCGGAGGGGGAAACCACAAGGAACACUUUGCAUCCGUCCAUCGACCUCAAGGGUUAGGAAAGUAUAGAAAUCAUGUAACAUCCAAACUUAGCUAUUCCUUAUGCUCCUCUGAUGUCAUGUCAAACGCCCGUUUCAGCAACGUGGACACAGAUGGAAAAUGGCAUCCCUAUAAAGACUAUCGCCAAUACUAUCCCAACUGGUGCAUCCAGCCCGAUGCCAGCAUCACAGCCUCGGACUACUGGAAGUUUGUGUUCAGCAAGUUCAAUCAGCAGUUUGCUAAUCAGUAUGAUGCUCUCCCUGCUGAUCUUCCUAAGGACUGGGAGAAAAUCACCCAGAAGCAAGCACUGGAAAGCAUCCAAGAAGCCUUUAACAUGAAAUAAUUCAUGCUGGUUGCUGCCAUUCUCAACCUUGUGCCCAAGUGCCUAAACAGGUAGUGGAAGUACUGUCUGUCUGUAGUAAAUACCAACCUAUUGUUAAGGGUCCUUUUUAACUCGCAGCAUUAUUGGCAUUGUAGGCAGUGGUCUACAUAAUGUUUUCUGGAUACUUUAAGGAGAAACAACCAGCGCUGUUCUAUAGUGCCAUGUAAUGAAUAUAGGAACUUUACAUAGCAUCUGCACACGACAUGCAAAACUUAAGUGUGUUUAGAAUCUUAACUGAAAUGCAAGCUCUGUCUUCCAUGGGACAUCUGGAUGUCCUAAAAUUCACAACUGCACUUAAAAGAAAUUGCUAUCUGGUUUACAAUACGUGUGACUGCUGGUUUGCUCUUCUGUUUUUCAGCUUCUUUCCCCAUGGUUGCACUUAUUCAAGAAAUUCCUAAUUUUAUAGCGCCCAAUCCGCUUGCAAUAAAUUAGCCAUCUAUUCCUGCUUUAGUAAUCUUUCCCCUCCUCCAGUUAAAAAAUGGGGGUAAUAUUGAUCAACUUCCACAGAAUUUUGACGAUGGGCACAAAUAGAGAAUGCAACUCACCUUCCACAUAGAAGGUGCUAUAGAAAUGAUUAAUAAUCUAUGUGUUUACUUCUUUACAAGAGAGACAGUAAGGCUUAUGCAGUUCUCCUCUGCCAGCCAUAUUUUGCUCUGGAAGUCCCGUAAUCCCUAAGGAAAAGUAGCCGGUGAAGAAGCAGCCCUUUGCACGUGCUUCCUGGUAUCCACAUUACUACAGAAGACGUUCCAGGUGUGAUUUCAACAGGGCUCUACUCAUACACAGAUGGUGUGUGUGGAUGAGUACAGAACUGCCAAAUCCUAGUUAUUCAGCUGUAUAAAAUAAAAUUAAUAUUAUAACAUCUAAAAACAA